CAACAGAAGCAGCAACAGCAGCAAGAGCAGCAACAGCAGCACUAGCAGCAACAACAGCAACAGCAGCAGGAGCAAAAACAGCAACAGCAGCAGCAGCAACAGCAGCAGCAACAGCAGCAGCAACAGCAGCAGCAGCAACAGAAGCAACAUCAGCAGCAAUAGCAGCAGCAACCAGAGUAACAGCAGCAUCAGCAACAACAGAAGCAGCAACAGCAGCAAGAGCAGCAACAGCAGCACUAGCAGCAACAACAGCAACAGCAGCAGGAGCAAAAACAGCAACAGCAGCAGCAGCAACAGCAGCAGCAACAGCAGCAGCAACAGCAGCAGCAGCAACAGAAGCAACAUCAGCAGCAAUAGCAGCAGCAACCAGAGUAACAGCAGCAGCAGCAACAGCAAAGCAAUAGC